AUGGUGAUUGAUGCCCGUGGUCAUCUUCUUGGUCGCCUUGCCUCUAUCGUGGCAAAAACUCUGUUAAAUGGCCAAAAAAUUGUGGUGGUUCGUUGCGAAGAGAUUAACAUAUCCGGUUCUCUAUAUCGCAAUAAGCUUAAGUAUCACGAGUUCCUUCGCAAGCGAAUGAACACCAAUCCCUCACAUGGACCUUACCAUUAUCGGGCUCCAGCAAAAAUUUUCUGGAGAACCGUUAGGGGAAUGUUGCCCCACAAACUCUAUCGAGGUAAGACUGCUCUCGCUAAGCUAAAGUGCUUCGAGGGUAUUCCACCGCCAUACGACAAGAAAAAGCGCGUUGUUGUUCCGUCCGCUCUUCGUGUCUUACGUCUUAAGCAGCGCAGAAAGUUCUGUACCCUUUCCAGACUUUCAUCUGAAGUUGGUUGGAAAUAUGAGAAUGUUAUCAAUAAGAUGGAAGCCCGUCGAAAGGCUCGUGCUGCUGUCUGGCAUAAAAAGAAGAACUUUGACGCUAUUCCCGAUCAAGUUGCUCGCGGCAAAGCUCGUGAAGCCAUCAAACCCUACAACACCAUUCUCAAGAAGUAUGGUUAUUAA